GGUCGGGGCCGGCCCCCGAGGCAGCAGGGCCGUGCCCCAUGGAGUUGGCGGCGGUGGCCCGAGCGCGGGUGCUGGGCGCCCUGCGCCGCCCGCUCUCCCCGCGGCGGGUGCCGGGCUCCGGCCGCCGCUGCCGCAGCGACGCGGGGGACCCGGCGGCGCUCCCGCCCGGCGGGUACCGGCUCUGGCAGGAGCGGGCGGCCCGGGACCCCGCCGCGUUUUGGGCCGAGGUGGCCCGGGGGACGCUGCGCUGGGACAGCCCCUUCCACACAGCCUGCCAGCCCGGGCCGGCGGCCGCUCGCUGGUUCCUCGGCGGCCGCCUCAACGUCUCCGUCAAUUGCUUGGAUCAACAUGUCGAAAGGUCUCCAAACAGAGUGGCUUUGAUCUGGGAGAGAGAUGAGCCCGGCACUGCAGUGCAUGUCACAUACAGGGAACUUCUGGAUCUGACUUGCCGUCUUGCCAACACCCUGAAGAAAUAUGGGAUACAGAAGGGGGACAAGGUGGCCAUCUAUAUGUCCGUGUCUCCCUUGUCUGUGGCAGCCAUGCUGGCUUGCGCCAGGAUCGGUGCCAUUCACACUGUGGUCUUCGCUGGAUUCAGCGCAGAGUCCUUAGCUGGGAGGAUCAUGGACUCUGGAUGCAAAGCAGUUAUCACCUACAACCAGGGAGUCAGGGGAGGCCGGAUUGUAGAGCUGAAGACGACUGUGGAUGAAGCUGUGAAGAACUGCCCAAGCAUCAAACACGUCUUUGUGGCUCAGAGGACAGAUAACAAAGUCCAGAUGGGUGACUCUGAUAUUCCCCUUGAGGAGGAGAUGGCCAAGGCAGCUUCUGUAUGCACUCCAGAGAGCAUGGACAGCGAAGACGUGCUUUUCAUGCUGUAUACCUCGGGCAGCACUGGGAAGCCCAAAGGAAUUGUUCACACCCAGGCUGGAUAUCUGCUGUACGCUGCUGUCACGCACAAGCACGUCUUUGACUACCAGCAAGGCGAUGUGUUUGGCUGCGUGGCUGACAUCGGCUGGAUCACGGGACACAGCUACGUUGUGUAUGGACCGCUCUGCAACGGAGCCACCUCCGUCCUCUUUGAAAGCACUCCGGUGUACCCUGACCCAGGUCGUUACUGGGAAGUGGUACAAAGGUUGAAAAUUAAUCAGUUUUAUGGAGCACCUACAGCUAUACGUUUGCUGCUGAAUUAUGGAGAAGAGUGGGUGAAGAAAUACGACAGAUCUUCCUUGAAGACCUUGGGAUCAGUGGGAGAGCCCAUCAACAGCGAAGCCUGGCACUGGUUCUACUGGGUGGUGGGAGAAGGGCGCUGCACCCUCGUGGACACGUGGUGGCAGACAGAAACUGGUGGCAUCUGCAUUGCCCCACGGCCUUCAGAGGAGAAAGCUGAGAUCGUUCCCGCCAUGGCUAUGAGACCUUUCUUUGGGAUUGUGCCCGUGCUGAUGGACGCGAAUGGAAAGGUUAUAGAGGGCAAUGAUGUGUCCGGUGCACUCUGCAUUGCCCAGCCAUGGCCAGGCAUGGCAAGAACAAUCUAUGGAGAUCACCAGCGAUUUGUUGAUGCCUAUUUCAAAGCCUACCCAGGUUACUACUUCACAGGGGAUGGUGCUUACAGGACCAAGAAAGGCUAUUACCAGAUAACGGGGCGCAUGGAUGAUGUCAUCAACAUCAGUGGACACAGGCUUGGGACAGCAGAGAUAGAAGAUGCAAUGGCUGAUCACCCUGAGGUCCCCGAGACAGCUGUGAUUGGGUAUCCACACAAGAUCAAAGGAGAAGGUGCCUUUGCUUUCAUAGUGCUGAAGGAGCAGACAGCUCAUAUAGAACGUGUCAAAGAAGAGCUCAAAACCAUAGUGGCUUCCAAGAUAGCAAAAUAUGCUGUGCCUGACCACAUUCUGGUGGUGAAACGUCUUCCUAAAACCCGAUCAGGGAAGAUCAUGAGAAGGCUGCUGAGGAAAGUAGUCACUGAACAAUCAAGCAACAUGGGAGAUGUUACCACACUUGAUGAUCCAAGUGUUGUCAAAGAGAUAUUGGAUGCUUACCAGAAAUACAAGGAGAAGAGUUCCUCAUAACCAGCUGCUCUGGAAUCUCUGUCCUCUGGUAACAUGGAAGGUCUCAAAUAACCAGGCAAAUGACAUAGUUCUCUUGGUGUUUUUUUAAAAACUUGGUUCCCUUCUAGGGGAACAAGAUUUUACACUCCGCAACAUAUUUUGAGAUGCAUAGAGCUAGGAGCAAUCUGCAGUUUGGCACAGUCAGUGGGCUCCCUUUCAUUGCUUUUAGGGCUGUUGUAGCGCAGCUGUUGGUGGUUUAUGUUAGCUAUGAUGACAUUUAAUACUAGCUGAAGCAAGAUGCGGAUGUUAAUGUUUCUGAUUUUAUUGUUAUUGUACGGGGAAAUGUUUUUAUACAACACUUUUGCUGUUUUAAAAGAAGCCCUGGAAUACACUUCUUCAGUUUUGCCUUUAGCUUGGAUAUCUGAGUUCAAGUAGCUGUAUUUCACGGCAGCUGUGGUGCCUUCUCAGCAAUACUGGGUAUUCUAUUAGAUGUUCCACCUGUGUUAUUAGGGAAAUGAGAAGGACAUGCCUAGUCUGAUAAUUCUUGCGUUGUUCUAAUACCUCCUUCAGCUUUCCUCAUAAAGACUUGUUCCUACCCCUAUAACUCCUGGGACUUGGCAGAGAUGAUAAGCCUGUGUCCCUUCAUGUCCCACCUAGGCAACCCAGCACUAGCACUUCCAGCUGCAAAACUGAGCCACAGAGCCUACUGCUGGACCUCCUACGUGUCCUCAGUGCAUUGCUGGUUGCGUAGGAGGAGUCUGGUCCCAUAUGUUUUUAUUGUGCCUUCAGAAACUGAGAUGACUAACUGGGCUUUUAAAGUAGCUGUCCUCUUCCUCAUGGGUGAUGACAACUGAAUCAGUGUUGUCCAUUGUGGUUCACUUCUGCCUGUCAGGAGUGGGGGUCUGCAGCUGGUAGAUCUCUGCUGCCAGUUGGCGAUUUGUGUAGGUGCCUUUGUUCUUGAAGUCUCUGUGAAAAAGGAUGAUGUUUGCUUGCUGUCUGUCAGAGAAGCGUUGGGAAACAAAAUCCUGAAGUGCUCAGCAGAGGUUUGAAGCUGAGACACAUGCUGGAGGACUCACUGUGACUUCCCGGGCUGUGUGAUUUCUGACCAAGGAAUGGUUGGUUUAGCCCACUCCCAAAUGACCUGUAAUCUUGUUUGCUUCAGCAAAGACAGGCACCCAGUUUGGAGGUAGGUUGGUUCUUGUGUCAGAAGUUAUGACUUAAUGUUUGUCAUUUCAAGUGGGGCCCUCCCACAUCUGCCCCCUCCACACGCUGCUGUGCUGAUCUUCCAAAGAAUUAAGUGCCAGGUGGGUACCCGAAAAUUGUGUAAAUUCACCAAGAAGAAGGAAGUACCUUUUGGAUGCUGUCUGGAAAGUGAUAGCAGCAUUCCAGACCAGCAGCCUCAGAACAGCAGGGAACAAUAGCCUUUGUCUUUCAUAUGCUUUCAAAACUGCAACUCAUAUAUUCAGUAUUUUAUCUCUGGACUCAUCACGAAUACGUUUUGACUGAAGCACUCCUUAUAUUUGGGCUGUUAGGAAGAACUUGCUGGUAGGUCUCCUGUCCUCCACUAUACCACUGAAGGUCAUGAAAAAGCCUGUAGGUGCCGAAUGCCUUUGAGCCUUCUGCCACUGCAAAAUUUGGUUUAAGCUGGCUGAGGGGUUCAGAGUGGUUGGAGGGGCCAACGAGCAUGCCAGGAAGGCAUGGUGGAGGGACUCCUCCCCUCUCCCUGGGUGCAGAAGCUCAAGGUAUGUGCCAGUGUAGUGUGCACUGUGCUGAUCCUGGGAGUGUGUGCCACAAGGGCUCAGGCAGAGCUCCUCCAUCUUAACCUGCCAAAGUCAAGUGACUGCUAGCCACCGUUCCAGUGCUGUGGCUGGGGUCACGCCAUCACAUCUUGCAGUCCUGCCUCUGUCUUUCUCAGAUGACAAUCUACUUAUUUUCAUGGAACUCUGGGUUUUGGCAUGCCAAACCCCUGAGUAAUUGGCAGAAUUGCCAAUUUUUACCCUAGUUUUCCAGGGGUGAGUUAUUGCUGAAUUUAACAGGAGCAGCACUGCCUUUUCCAGUGGGACCAUGUAUUGGAAAGACAACCUGUGCACCUAACUGGUGGCAGGAAGGAAAUGGCUAGGCUGCCCUGUAGGGCUGGGAGAAUAGUGAGUUUUUUGGCCAGCAGAGAUGCUGGUACCAAAUGGGGAAGAAGGCUGCUCACAGUACGAUGUGUUCUUAAAGACAGGCCUGUGUCUUAGAACCCAGAGUUCUUCUGAGUACACUAGCUGCAUUUGCUUUUUCUUAAAUUUAUUUUUUAUUUUGUAUCUCUCUAGGGACUGGGUAAUACAGUAGGGAAUACCAUGCUUUGUUAAAAUUCCCAUCCUUCUGACUGCAAUCCAUUUUUGCUUGAGUUGAGUAGACACCCUGUGGACUUUGUGGGAAGUCAGAGAUCCAAAGGUUUCAUGGAGUUGAUGAAAUGUUAAUAUUUUAGGAGACAACCACUAUAUAUAUCCUCUUGUCAUUGCAAAAAAACCCCAAACCUCCAGAAAAAACAAAACCAACCGCCCACCCCCAACUUCCUUAAGUGAUUUUCAAGUCGGAAGCCACCAGGAGUUAAUGGUUUUGACAGAAAAAAAGUAGACUCCCUUGUUUGAACAAGUUGUCUCCAUGUAGUCUGAAAUACACUGUGGAGAAAAAAAAAAAAGUUUUGAACAAGGUUACACACUUUCCUUUUAGCCAAGAAAGCAUUUCCUAUACUGUGGAUAUAGCAUUUCCUUGUCCUAUUGACGUGAAAUUUCCGUGCUAGCGUGUGACCCAGUGGUCACAGACCAAUGAUCUAAUUCAUCUGAACUGUCUCACAAAGACUAGCUAUAUGAGGAACCAUGUGCUCUGGUGCAUUGAGAUGUUCGUCAUACAAUUCCUCUGCUCAGGGAAAGCGUGAGACAGGCAUGCACCCUCACCUGCAUCCCUGUUGUCAUCAUCAGUGCCUGAGUUUAACCUAAACCCCUGGGUUUAGGGACCACAGCUGCCAGUGAGGUUACAGACUGACCAGGUAGCUGUAGCACUCCAAUAAAUUCAAGGCCAUGCCAGCCAUGGUGUGGACGGACUGUAGUUAGAAACAAGCUUCAUAAUGUGAACUUCAGAAGCCUUAGAAGCAUCUUUGCUAAAAUUGUGUCACCAGCAUGUGCAAGGUCAGGGUGCCACAUGCCUGCCACCCAGUAUCAUGAUGUCUGCUCUGUUUCUUCCUUGCAUGUUUCCACAGCUGAGCUGUGGUCCUUGGGAUGUCCAUCUGCUCAGAGAUGACUUGAUACCCCUCAGGGUAUUCAUAGAGAGCAUGUGGCGUGUUCUGUGGUAGACACAGCUCCUGCUGGGUGGCCUCAGCCCCUGCCUCUCCUAGUGAAACUGCACUUCUGCGAGUAUACCAGCAUCAGCUCUUGGAACUAACACCCCAUGCUCAGUUCAUCUAAUAGCACCCUGAGGCUGGUAGAAACAGAGCUAGGCAGAGCUUGGAAGUGGUACUUCUUACAAAAAAGAAUACUACUGCACUUCACUGGGUAGGCUACUCAUAGAAGGCUUUGCCAAACAUGGAAUUUUUCAGCCAGAGAAGUCCCCUUUUCUUCUUUUCCCCCGUGAUCUCUGCUAACCACAGUGAUUGCAUUUGCAGUGCAAGCCUGAGAUGAGCUUUGUAUUUUUGUUGUUUCCUGGACGUCAGGAAUAUCAGCACUGGUGCGUGGUGACAGUACUUUCUGUUUCACAUGCAGCACCUGCCCCAGGCUUGUGGUUCAGGUGAGUUUAGCCUGCGGAACUGGCACCGAUGUCCUCAGUUCUUGAAAUGCUAGGAAGGAGGUAGCUUGUGAAAGACCCCAGGUCUGCAGGCUGAAGAGCUGAUCUUCACUAAUCAGUGAAGGCGGUAAUGAUAUAUGGAAUUCUUAGAGUGGGGCCAUGGGACAGACUUGGAGGCAAUUGCUUUGUUUGGAGAAGCAGAGCUGUUGAAUUCUUCUACACCUUUGUGUGUCCAUGAGUAACGUGUGGGUUAUUUGCCAGAUCGCCUUUGUAGCUUUGUUAAAAGAGAUCCAAUUUUUCCUAUUGCCGUUUGUUGCAAAGAGCACGUGCUUGCUUUUUUUCCCCUACUCUGUUUUGCCAGUGAGACCCAGCCAUGGUGCCUUUUCCCCCACUGGAGACACAGACCAUGAUUUUCUUAAUUUUAGAAAGGGAAGAUCUGUCUUUGUAGAGGUGUGUGUUGUACAGUCUAAUGUUAAGCCUUUAAUUUCAUUUUGUUUUCUUGUAAUCAUGCUUUAAACACAUUUAUUGUCCUUGACCAAAACCAAUUUCUUCAGUGAUCUCUGUAUUCCUAUUUUCAUUAAAGGAAGUGUCUUUCUCUG